AACCCUUCUCAUUUUCUCUUCAAUAGCGUCUUAAAUUCAAACUUUGAAUGAUCCAUUUCACUUCUCAUUAGCUUUCGUUUUUUUGUUCUUUUUACCCUGUUUUCGUUUCUCAUUUUCCUCUUUGCUAGCUCUUUGAAUCUCUGAGGGAAGAUAUGGCGGCCAAUGGGAACGGAGUUUCGACGACGCCGAAGAGUCCGUUGGCGAGGAUUCAGACGCAGAAGAACGGUGGAAUCUGUCAUGACGAUAGCGGGAAGCCUGUUAAGGCUCAGACGAUCGAUGAGCUUCACUCUUUGCAGAAGAAGAGAUCGGCGCCGACGACUCCUCUUGACGGCGUUCAGGGUACCUUUGCCACCAUUUCUGAAGAUGAGCGCCAGAGGCAGCAGCUCCAGUCCAUCAGUGCAUCGUUGGCGUCACUCACUCGAGGAACAGGGCCGAAAGUGGUGAGAGGGGACCCGGCAGGGAAGGUUCAAUCGGUGUCGCAUGUGGCGCACCACCACCAUAUCGAGGCGCCAACCAUUAGCGUCAGUGACAGUUCCUUGAAAUUCACUCACGUCCUAUACAACCUCUCUCCUGCAGAGUUGUAUGAGCAGGCAAUAAAGUAUGAGAAGGGUUCUUUCAUUACUUCAACCGGUGCACUCGCCACCCUAUCCGGAGCCAAAACCGGUCGGUCACCGAGAGAUAAGAGAGUUGUUAUCGAUGACUCCACCCAAGAUGAGCUUUGGUGGGGAAAGGGCUCACCCAAUAUUGAAAUGGACGAGCAUACCUUCAUGGUGAACAGAGAAAGAGCUGUUGAUUACUUGAAUUCUCUGGACAAGGUUUUCGUGAAUGAUCAAUUCUUGAACUGGGAUCCACAGAACAGAAUCAAAGUUCGGAUUGUGUCUGCUAGAGCUUAUCAUUCAUUGUUCAUGCAUAACAUGUGUAUCCGACCCACUCCUGAAGAGCUGGAGAAUUUCGGUACUCCGGACUUCACUAUAUACAAUGCUGGGCAGUUCCCGUGUAAUCGUUAUACACACUACAUGACAUCCUCUACUAGCAUAGACCUUAAUCUUGCUAGGAGGGAAAUGGUCAUCCUCGGCACUCAAUACGCCGGGGAAAUGAAGAAGGGUCUUUUCAGUGUUAUGCAUUAUCUCAUGCCUAUGCGUCAAAUCCUCUCGUUACAUUCUGGAUGCAAUAUGGGAAAAGAUGGAGAUGUUGCCCUCUUCUUUGGAUUGUCAGGUACGGGUAAGACCACUUUGUCUACCGAUCACAACAGGUAUCUGAUCGGUGAUGACGAGCAUUGUUGGAGUGACAAUGGUGUGUCGAACAUCGAAGGUGGUUGCUAUGCCAAGUGUAUUGAUCUUUCAAGGGAGAAGGAGCCUGAUAUCUGGAAUGCCAUUAAGUUUGGAACUGUGUUGGAAAAUGUUGUUUUCGAUGAACAUACGAGAGAGGUGGAUUAUGGUGACAAAUCAGUUACAGAGAAUACUCGUGCGGCCUAUCCGAUCGAAUACAUUCCAAAUGCUAAGAUACCAUGCGUCGGUCCACAUCCUAAGAAUGUCAUUCUUUUGGCAUGUGAUGCCUUUGGUGUCCUUCCACCUGUUAGCAAGCUGAGCCUGGCUCAAACCAUGUACCAUUUCAUUAGUGGUUACACCGCUCUGGUGGCUGGCACGGAAGAUGGUAUUAAGGAGCCAACAGCAACGUUCUCGGCUUGCUUCGGCGCGGCAUUCAUCAUGUUGCAUCCUACCAAAUAUGCAGCCAUGCUUGCUGAGAAAAUGCAGAAGCAUGGUGCAACAGGGUGGCUUGUCAACACCGGCUGGUCUGGUGGAAGCUACGGGUCUGGAAACCGUAUCAAGUUACCCUACACUAGGAAAAUCAUUGACGCCAUCCACUCUGGUAGCCUCUUGAACGCGACUUACCAUAAAACAGAGGUGUUCGGGCUAGACAUCCCCACCGAGAUCGAGGGAGUGCCUUCCGAAAUCUUGCAUCCCGAGAACACCUGGGCUGAUAAGAAGGCAUACAAGGAAACCCUGUUGAAAUUGGCUGGGCUAUUCAAGAAGAACUUUGAGACCUUCACUAAUUACAAGAUUGGGAAAGACAACAAGCUGACAGAGGAAAUCCUGGCAGCUGGUCCAAACUUCUAAUUUUUGGAGCAAUGAAAAACAAAGGGAAGAAGAAGAAACUAUUAUGGUUUUUCACAGAUUUGCAGAAAAGUGAAUGAAUUUGAUAGAAUAAGAGUGUGUGUUUGUUGGUAAAUUAUAAAAGAGGAAGUAGUCCUUUAAUUGGGUUCCUCCAAUUCAUAUAUGUAAACUGGCGUCUUUAUGUCAAACUCCAUAUUCAUUUCUUAAAUGAAGUAGCCUUUGCCUUUUCCAA